CCCGAGCACGCGCUCUCGCGCUGCCGGCAGAAAAGAAACAAACAAAAAAAAAGCUGCAAACGUCGAGGAAGAGUGCGACCCGGAGCGCAUGAGGCGGCGGCGGUGGUGGCCCGCCGGGGCUUAGAACACCAUGAGAACUGGAGCGACGCCGGCUCUCGGGGGAUGAAGAGCUUUAAGGUGUAAUCUAUUGAAAACCUACAUUCUAUGCUUGUGUUAUUUACAAGUGGUCAUCCAUUUCUGAGGAACACUCCAUCUUGUCACAAUGGCUCCCAAGGACAUUAUGACCAACUCUCAUGCCAAGUCCAUCUUGAAUGCAAUGAACGCAUUGAGAAAGAGUAACACUCUGUGUGACAUUACACUGAAGGUGGAGAACACGGAUUUCCCGGCCCACAGAAUUGUGUUGGCAGCCUGCAGUGACUACUUCUGUGCCAUGUUCACUAGUGAGCUGUCUGAAAAGGGUAAGCCAUUUGUAGACAUCCAGGGCCUCACAGCCUCUACCAUGGAAAUCUUGCUUGACUUUGUUUAUACCGAAACAGUUCAUGUGACAGUGGAGAAUGUCCAAGAACUGUUACCUGCUGCCUGUCUACUCCAGCUGAAAGGGGUAAAGCAAGCUUGCUGUGAAUUCUUGGAGAGCCAGCUGGACCCAUCAAACUGCCUGGGUAUCCGUGACUUUGCCGAAACCCACAAUUGUGUUGAUCUAAUGCAGGCAGCCGAGGUGUUCAGCCAGAAGAACUUUCCAGAGGUUGUGCAACAUGAGGAGUUUAUGUUGCUAAGCAAAGAGGAAGUGGAGAAGCUCAUCAAAUGCGAUGAAAUUCAGGUUGACUCAGAAGAGCCAGUUUUUGAAGCUGUUAUAAAUUGGGUGAAACACUUCAAGAAAGAAAGGGAAUCUUUUCUCCCUGCAAUGCUGCAGUAUGUUCGUAUGCCCCUCUUGACACCCCGAUACAUCACAGAUGUGAUUGACACAGAGCCUUUAAUCAGAUGUAGUCUGCAAUGUAGGGAUCUGGUGGAUGAGGCCAAGAAAUUUCACUUGCGUCCUGAACUUAGGAGUCAAAUGCAGGGACCAAGAACCAGGCCCCGUCUUGGUGCUAAUGAGGUCCUUCUAGUGAUUGGUGGAUUUGGCAGCCAACAGUCCCCUAUUGAUGUUGUAGAAAAAUAUGAUCCCAAGACCCAGGAAUGGAGCUUCCUUCCAAGUAUCACACGGAAAAGAAGGUAUGUGGCUACAGUUUCUUUGAAUGACCGAGUCUAUGUCAUUGGUGGCUAUGAUGGACGAUCCCGCCUCAGUUCAGUAGAGUGCCUUGAUUAUGCUGCAGAUGAAGAUGGUGUGUGGUACUCUGUGGCUCCCAUGAAUGUGCGCAGGGGUUUGGCAGGAGCCACAACACUGGGAGCAGACAUGAUCUAUGUGGCUGGAGGCUUUGAUGGAAGCCGACGACACACUAGCAUGGAAAGAUACGAUCCAAACAUUGACCAGUGGAGCAUGCUGGGAGAUAUGCAGACUGCUAGAGAGGGAGCAGGCCUUGUGGUGGCAAAUGGUCUUAUCUACUGCCUUGGAGGCUAUGACGGUCUUAACAUACUAAGCUCUGUAGAACGCUAUGAUCCUCAGACUGGACACUGGACAAAUAUCACUCCAAUGGCCACAAAGCGCUCAGGGGCUGGCGUGGCCUUACUGAAUGACCAUAUCUAUGUGGUGGGGGGCUUUGAUGGAACAGCCCAUCUUUCCUCAGUGGAAGCCUACAAUAUCCGCACUGAUUCCUGGACUACUGUUACCAGCAUGACUACACCAAGGUGCUAUGUGGGCGCCACAGUCCUGCGUGGGAGGCUGUAUGCGAUAGCUGGGUAUGACGGUAAUUCACUUCUCAGCAGUAUAGAGUGCUAUGACCCCAUCAUUGACAGCUGGGAGGUGGUGACAUCCAUGGGUACCCAGCGCUGUGAUGCUGGAGUCUGUGUACUUCGGGAAAAGUAAAGGCAACAUGGGCCAGGAAGGACAAAAGGGAAAAAGCAGGCGGAAUCUGAUGGUGGAGCUUGACGGGAGUUGAUUGUAAGGGGCAGAGGAGCGACUUCAUCACCCACACCUCCUCUCCCCGUUUCGGCAAAAUAGCAUUGUGACCCCUAAGCUUGUAACACUCCAGACCUGGUGGCCCUACAGGUGUAACCAGGUGUCAGUGGUGCAUGAGUAUAACCACUGGAUUCUCAUCCAGGAAGACCCUGCUUCAGAAGUGCAAUAUCAUGUUUUUGUUUUUUUGUUUUUGGUCUUGUUCACCAGCACAUAAACUUGAAAAGAUCUUGUCAGAAAAAAAAAAAAAAAAACACUCCCAUGGUUAAUAUUUUGUAGAAUCAAAAGACUAAAAUGGAUGCCUUGGUGCAAGAAGAAUAAAUCGUUGACUUUAA